AUGUGGGAAGGCGAAUCUUCCGGACCUCUUCACGCGCUGCAUUUUGGCAACUCCCUCGGUAGUGUUGUUGCUCCACUCAUCAUUCGCCCCUUCCUGUCACCUGACGUGAACAGCUCACUCCCAAAGCAUGAGAUUGGGCUGCCGGGAAACAUACUCGGCAAUAAUUCGUCCACUGUUGCCUCCAGCCGGAUACAAAUCCCAUUUGGGGCUUACGGGCUGUACACACUGUUCUGGGGAGGCUUGUUUCUGUGGUUUUACGUGAAUGAUCGACAGACCCCUGCAAGAGAGGGUUUGUUUUAUACGGCAAACGACAGACAGAACUCUGAAAUCUUUGGAAAGCAAGGGACUUUUGCAGGUGUCCAGAAAUCUUUUGGAAUAUUCAUGGCCGUUGUGCUGUGUCUGAUGUAUAUUUGCCUGUCGGGUGUGUACCAGUCUUUGUCAACGUACCUGAUGCCAAUGAGCGUGCAAGGUCCUCUCCACAUGUCAAAAGCUGACGGCAACCUCCUCCUCUUCGGAUACUCAUUUAGCAUGGUGGUGGGCCGCCUUCUGGCCGUGUUCCUUAGUAAGUUCUUCUCUUCACAAUGGCUGCUGCCUUUUGAAAUAGGACUGACUCUAGGCGGAGCUAUUGGUCUCUACUUUUACAGCUUUCGCUCGGUCAUGUUUAUCUGGGUACUGACAUGUGCUUUUUCAUUCACUUCCGCUCCAAUUUUUCCGGCAGGCAUAGCGUGGUCGGAAAUCUAUUUAGAAAUAACUGGACCUUUAAUGGCAGUAUUCUUUGCUGGUGGGGGGUUUGGGACGUUGAUCUUCCAGUGGUUGUCUGGAUAUGGAAUCCAGAACCAUGGGGUAUUCUUUCCUAUCUACGUCAACUUAGGAGCAACAGUUGCCACUGCUGUGUUAUUCCUUGUGGCUUGUAUAAGAUGCUGGACAUUCGGCCCAAGACAAGUCGGAGAUAAACAAACGCUAGAUGAAUCAAACAGACAUGUCCAGCAAAGCAAAGCAGACGAACAGUCUCCUCUGAUCACAUGA